UCACUGAAUUUGAGUGAGUUUAUCUGAACAUGGCUAGACUUUCUUUUUCUGUCGUUGGGGUUAUGUAAAUUGAUUCAUAUCAAUUUGGGCAACAAGUACUAGGUUCGUGAAAUAAACAGCUGCAGGGUUUACCAGCUGUUAGAGUUAGGUGAGGGCUCUGGGCCUUCUCCCACAACAAUCUCUCCACCAGCUUACAAAGAAAGUACGUCAUAGACCAAAUUCUGCUGCCCACUCAGAUAUGCCUCCCCACCCCCAGUCAAAUUAGGUGCUCCGAACAAACCUUGCUUGAAACCUUCACGCAAGGACACUGGGUGGCUGGACACUGUAAAGUGUCCAUCUCAAAGUAAAGUCUUCCCUUCCAAAGGGUCUGGACUGCUGGAAUCUCCGGAUUCUUAAUCCUGUUCACCAAGGGAGGAGAUGCCUCCAAAAAUUAUAAACAAUCCAUGUGACUUGGACACCAUGAAUUUCACCAGCGAAAUUUUGCCAAUAUCUCUCGGGAUGAUUAAUGAAUCCACUUCCGUUGAUCUGAGAUCAUUAACGUGCUUAUAUUCACUGCCUCUGGAGUGUGACUUGGAUGAAGUGUUAGCUAACCACCUCUGGCGUGUGUAUUCCCCACAUGGACAACUAAGCGCUCUCAGGUGUCGAUUAAAGCGAUCCAGUACGUGCAUAACGUUGGCCGGGGGUGGGGCUGAGGGUGGGUUCUGCACGGGGCUGCCUGGAGGAGCUGUCGUCUCAAGACCACCCUCAGCUGUCAGUCCCUCUCGGGGGAUUGUCUCCACUGAAGAAAACCGUGUCACCUAAGGUCGUGCCUCUUCCAGAGGCAGCUCACAUCCAAUCAAACAGUUCUAGGCCCUGGGGACAAAAAUAGCACUUGAUUCCAAUGGAGACAGACAAUCAGAAACAGAAACCGGUAGUGUGUCUGACAGCGAUGCGUACCACGGAGGAAAACAAGCAGGGAAGGGGAGAGUGUGAGUCUGGGGAGGGGGCGGGGUUUGUCAGCGAGGGUAGACAGGGACGGUCCCUGAGGGAAACAGGGUCGUCCUUGAUCGGGGGCCCAUGAGCAAAGACCUAAAGAACACGGGGCAGGGGGGCAUAUCAUGAGUUCCACUCUCGCGCCUCCCCAGCCAAGUUUUACUUGCCUGAAGCAGUUCAGGGAUCUAACUCAGCACCGUGGGCUACGCGGGGGCCCUGGGGGUGGCCUCGAGCGCACCCAGCAGGCCUCAGCCCGCGACCCUCCUGCACCUGCGCACGUCUGGCAGGUGCGGCGGCGAAGGCCUUGGGGGGUGGCAGGUGCGGCCCGCAGGUGCGCCGGCCCCGCCCUUAGGGGCGGGGCCCUCCGGGCGGGGCCACUUCCGGGUCGGUGGCCGGACGUGGGGCGGUGGGCGGCCGUUGACCCGGUGACCGCGGCGCCGCCGGAGGCUGGAGCUGCCGUGCGGCUCGCUCCCGCCUCCCUUCAAGGGACAUGGCGCCGCGUCCGCCCCGCGCCCCGCCGCGCCCUCCGUCCGCCCGGGUCUGACGGAGCCGGGCAGCCAUGAGCGCCAACCCCCAGUGGGACACCAGCAGGGCGCUGGGGGUGGCCAGGUUCUUCCAUCUGGUGUGCGGGGUCCGGGAUGCCUGCGUGACCCCGUUCCUGACCCUCUACCUGCGGCAGCUGGGCUUGGCCGCGCCCUGGGUGGGCAUCCUCAUGGGAACCAAGCACCUGAUCGCAGCCUUCUGGGCUCCCUUCUGUGCCUUCCUGGCCAAAAGCUACCAGAAGCGGAGGGUGCUUCUGAUAGGCUCGCUGCUCGGCUCGGUGGGAGCCAGCCUGUUGAUGGUCCUGGUGCCGCCCUUGGACAGAGACCCAGGGUACCGCUCGUGUAACGGAAGCCACAGUGUGACCGCCACGGUCCCACCACCGGCGGUCGCACUCACCGUGAACGUCACCUCCGCCCCCGAGCCAGCUCCGAACUACCCAGCGCCCAGCCUCCCAGCCGAGAGGAGUACUGGGGUCGGCCCAGGCGAUGGCUUCAGAGAAGGGCCUGGGGAAAGUGGCCAAGAACCUUUCAGUCGUCUGCCCAGCUCCUUUGUGGGCUCCAUCCAAGGAACCAGGACCACAUCCCGAGUUCUCCUCCAUCCUAUUACUUCAAGAGUGAAAGAUACUCCCCAGGAAGGCGCUUUUAGGGUGGUCAGUCCUGCCCAUCCUUUGCUUGCUGGGGGUACGGCGUUGGCAAGUCUGGCCAACCAGUCGGCAGCCAGGGGGAUGGCGGGGGCCCUCGACCUCUCCUCGGAAGGGUUGCGGUGGACUUUCAUCCUCUCCCUGGGCUCCAUGGUGGUCUGGGAGCUGCUGACAUCCCCUGUGGAGCAGGUGGCCGAUGACAGCCUUUAUGAAUACCUGGAUUUUGUGGACGCCACUGACGGCUACAGAAGCCUGUGGAUCUGGAGGCUGCUGGGCAUGUCGGCAGGCGUGUGCGGCAUCUCAGCCUUGGUGGGGCAGCUGGACUGCUUCCUGAUGACAAAUGGCCCCCGGGGUGUAGUGCACUUCUACGGCUACUCACUGGUCAGCACCCUGGCUUUACUGGUGAGCAUUGCCUUUCCCGUCCCCGUCUGCAGGCGGUGGGAGCCCAGCUACAAAAUGGGCAAAGCCCUGUCUCUCGUCGGCGGUGACCCCCGCCUCAUCACCCUCGCCCUCACUGUCUUCUGGAUAGGAACCGCCACCAGCACCGCACAGAACUUCCUGCUCUGGCGCAUGAAAGACCACGAGAGCACCGAACCGGUCAUGGGCGUCUCAGUGGCCCUGGGCUUGCUGGGGGAAGUUCUACUUCAUCCUCUCAAAACUCCGUUGCUUAGGAAGCUGUCCAGGGUGGGCACGGUGGGGCUAGGGCUGGGCUGCCUGGCGGGGCAGCUUCUGUAUUUCUCUUUCCUCUGGAGCUGGUGGUCUGUCCUCCCCGCUCAGCUCUUGAGCGCCGUCAGCCACGGGGCUCUGUGGUGGGCAGUUGGGGCCUCCAUAGAGCAUCUGGCCACUCCCGGAACAGAGAGGCCUCUGAGUGCCGUGUUCCGAGACCACUUUUACGGGGUCGGGGCCAGCCUGGGCAGCUUCGUGGGGGGCUUCGUGGUGAUGCACUUCAGCUUAGCUGUGCUCUACCAGUCCUGCUGUGUGGUCCUGUUGCUCUGGCUGGCCUUGUUCCUGUCCAUCCAGUCCAGACUGCCCCAGGAGCGGACAAUCAACUACUCUAAGCUGCUGGCCGUGGAGGCCAGUGACACGAGUGAUUCUGAGCAGGGGACCGAACGGGACUGGCUUGUGAAGGCCAUGAGAGACGAGCACUCAGACUGGAGGGGCUGAGAGACAGUCAGGAUGCGCUGAUCUGGGGAGGAGCCAAAGGGAUGGACAGCACUUAGCCUGCUGGGGACAAACCCCACGAGUCCUGCCGGGAGUGCAGGGAGCCUGGGGAGACAAAAGCGUGUCUGUGCCAAAGCCCCACGGGAGCAUCUCAUCGCAUGAUUUUCUUUACUUUUGUAGUAAAAGGAGAUUUAACUUUUGGCUGUUCAGUCUUUUUAAAAUAAUGGAGCAAGAAUACAUUUGCUGAAAAAC